AUGAAUAUUUUUUUUUAUUCAUGGUUGUCCUCUCUGCUUUUUCCCCUCCUCUCUUAUUUCCUUUUCUAUCACUCAUUUAUAUCUUUUCCCCUUCAUCCUUUCUAUUAUUCUUCUCCAUCCUAUUUUCAUUUCUUCUUUCUUUCUCUUCACCAUCCAAGUUUUCUUUUUUUUUUUCUCUUCACCUGUUUCCACACUUUAACUUCUCUUUACGCCCACAUUCAUUUUUCCUUACGUCAGUACUUUAUCUUUUUAUCUCUAAUUAAGUCUUCUUUUCAUUUGUCUUCCUCAUCUCUUUCUUUCAAUCUCAUUCUUUUAUUUCUUUUUCCUUCUCUUUCCUUCAAUAUCAAUCCCCCACCAUUAUACUUUCUUUUUAAUUUCUCUCCAAUGAUUUUACUUUUAUGGCUGCUUCCAAUCAUCAAGAUUGAUAAACAUUUAUCCCCUCACUUCAGCCAUACCAACACACAGCCAUAA